CAAUUCCACACUUGCUCCCACUCUAGCCACACGCACGCGAACGCGCGCGCGCCCCCACCGUCUCGCUUUCCACGCGCGUUGAGCGUGUUAGUUCGCGGGCUCCCGAAGAGGCGCACUGCGGCCGGCCCACCCGGGGAGUGGAUCCGCACACCCCGUCACAAUUGUCCCGCAGAGACCGGAGGCAAGAAGGCGAACACUCCAAGUUGGCCGCGUCUACCUCCGUGCCGCUCAACUUCCGACGCCGGGAAGGGAAUACGCUUGACCCGCUGCCGUGGAUUGUUGUCGACGCGCACCGGCUCCAUGGCGAGACACGACGCUCACGCCGGGCUGCUGCUGCUGCUGCAGGCGGCGGCUUGGCUCCUCCUCUGCGCCCGACAAGGUGUAGGCGCUCAGAAGGUACGCGUGGAGGAGGAGCUGGAGGCUUACCCCAACGAGUCCGUGGAUCUGCGCUGCCAGUUCAUCGACGGCGGAGGCCGGACCAAACUGACUCAGGUGUCGUGGAUCUGGGAGCCCAUUGACGGCCAGCGGGACAACAUCGCCGUCUACCAUCCGGAAUAUGGGCAGAGUUUCCCCAACCCGUCCUUCAAAGACCGCGUGGUCUUUCUGCACAACAACCUGGAGAACCCGUCCAUCAGGAUUUCCGACCUGCGGAUGUCCGAUGCGGGCCGCUACACCUGCGAGUACGCCACCUACCCGUCCGGGAACGAGCAGGGCACCAGCACCCUCGUCAUGCUCGCAAAGCCCAAGAACUCUGCCAAGGUGGUGACGGUGCAGGCGGGCACCAGGGCAGUGGUGGUGGCGCAGUGCGAGGCGGCCGACGCCAAACCCGCGGCCACCAUCAAGUGGCUGGCGUCGGUCGGGGGGAACCACUCCACCAGCACCGUCAACGGCCCGGACGGCACGGUGACGGUGCGCAGCGAGUACCGUCUGGUGCCCACGCCGGCCGACGACGGCAGGGAGCUGACGUGCAUGGUGGACCAGCGCACGCAGGACAGGACCUGGGUCCACAUGCUCAGGCUGUCUGUGGAGUACCCCCCCUCCGUCUCCAUCGAGGGCUACGACCAGAACUGGUUCGUCGGCCGGCAGGACGCCACCCUCGUCUGCGCGGCCAACACCAACCCACCGCCCACCGCCAUCACAUGGACCACGGCGUCAGGCCCCCUGCCAGACACGGUGGAGGUGGACGCCAACAAGUUGACGGUGAGGAAUGUGGACGACGCAGUCAACACCACCUUCAUCUGCGAGGUCAGGAACAAGCACGGCGUGGCCAAGCACCAGAUCACCAUCCUCGUCACCGAGAAACAACGAGCCGUGUCCUCCGGCCCAGCAACGGGCGCCAUCAUCGGAGGCAUCCUUGGCGCCCUCGCCGUCCUCGCCGCCAUCGUGGGCCUCAUCUUCUUCAUCCGCAGACGCCGGGACGACGCCGAGGGGCCCCCCAAGCACAAGCCCCCGCCGCCGGUGAAGAGUGGCGGCUCCACCGAGCUGUUCAACAAGCCGUCGGAGCCGCCCUCUGCCACCGAGAUGGCGCCGCUCAGCCCAGGGGACGUCUACUACGAGCCCACGGGGAGUGAACCAGUCAGGAACAAUGGCGGCGAGACGUCGGGCGCCCUGAACGGAGGCGCUCCUCCGCUACCGGACGACGACGACUACGACCUUUCCUCGGCCGACCACCACCAGCCCGCGCCGGCCGCCAACAUCGCCCGCGGCGAGAGCUUCGUGUCGCCGGCCAUGUACGUGUAACCGCCACCGGGGGGUUGGGAGGGGAGGGGGUUGGGGGAGGGGGCACUCUCUGACUUCUGACACUUUGGAGUCAAAAGUCACACAAAUUUUACGUUGUGUGACUUUUAACGGUCUAACCGCAUUAGCAUGACGCGUCUUGUUUUUGGUGGUCGUGGCGCCCGUAACAGUACAAAGACACGCCCCUCUUUACUUAUCCUGUCAAAGAGGCUCACCUGAAUGCCAUCAGCACUAAUUAGGUUUCAUUAGGGGUUUUUUUUUUCCCUUCUGUUCUUUUGUACAAACACACACACACACACACACACACACACACACAAUGGAAUGUAACACAAUGGACACUUUAUUAGGUACAGCGUCUAACGCAGGGGUAGGGAACCUAUGGCUCUACAGCCAGAUGUGGCUCUUUUGAUGACUGCAUCUGGCUCUCAGAUAAAAUCUUAGCUGACAUUGCUUAACGCGAUGAGUGAUCACAAUGUUAAAAAUACCGUUCAAAAUAUAAAACAUUCUCAUGCAUUUUAAUCCAUCCAUCUGUUUUGUACGGCACAGGUCCCCAACCACCGGGCUGCGGUCCCGUACUGAUUGGUACCGGGCCGUGGCCCGAUUGGUACCGGGCCGCAGAAGAAUUUUUUAUUCAUUUUUAUUUAAAAAAAAUAUAUAUAUAUUUUUUUUAUUUAUUUAAUUUUUUUUUUUUAUUAAAUCAACAUAAAAACACAAUAUACACUUACAAUUCGUGCACCCACCACAAAAACCUCCAUUUUUCAUGACAAAAACGUCCCUUUUUCAUGACAAAGGAAAAAAAAGAAAAAAAAAUAUUUUUUUUUUUUAUUAAAUAAACAUAAAAAAACACAAUAUACACUUACAAUUAGUGCACCAACCACAAAAAACGCCCUUUUACAUGACAAAAACGUCCCUUUUUCAUGACAAAAAUUAUUUAUGUAUUUAUUUUUUAUUUUUUUAUUAAAUCAACAUAAAAACACAAUAUACACUUACAAUUAGUGCACCAACCACAAAAACCUCCCCUUUUCAUGACAAAAACGUCCCUUUUUCAUGACAAAGAAAAAAAAAAUGUUGUGUUUUGUUUUUUUUAUUAAAUCAACAUAAAAAACACAAUAUACACUUACAAUUAGUGCACCAACCACAAAAUCCUCCCUUUUUCAUGACAAAAACAUCCCUUUUUCAUGGCCAAAUUUAUUUUUUUUUUUUUUUUUUUUUUUUUUUUUUUAUUAAAUCAACAUAAAAAACACAAUAUACACUUACAAUUAGUGCACCAACCACAAAAACCUCCCUUUUUCAUGAGAAAAACGUCCCUUUUUCAUGACAAAGGAAAAAAUAACUUUUUUUUUUGUUUUUUUGUUUUUUUUUAUUAAAUCAACAUAAAAACACAAUAUACACUUACAAUUAGUGCACCAACCACAAAAACCUCCCUUUUUCAUGACAAAAACAUCCCUUUUUCAUGGCCAAUUUUUUUUUUUUUUUUUUUUUUUUUUUUUUUUUAUUAAAUCAACAUAAAAAACACAAUAUACACUUACAAUUAGUGCACCAACCACAAAAACCUCCCCUUUUCAUGACAAAAACGUCCCUUUUUCAUGACAAAAAUUAUUUAUGUAUUUAUUUUUUAUUUUUUUAUUAAAUCAACAUAAAAACACAAUAUACACUUACAAUUAGUGCACCAACCACAAAAACAUCCCUUUUUCAUGACCAAAUUUUUUUUUUUUAUUUAUUUUUUUUUUUAUUAAAUCAACAUAAAAAACACAAUAUACACUUACAAUUAGUGCACCAACCACAAAAACCUCCCUUUUUCAUGACAAAAACGUCCCUUUUUCAUGACAAAAAUAUAUAUAUAUUUUUUUUAUUUUUUAUUAAAUCAACAUAAAAAAUACAAUAUACACUUACAAUUAGUGCACCAACCACAAAAACCUCCCUUUUUCAUGAGAAAAACGUCCCUUUUUCAUGACAAAGGAAAAAAUAAAAAUUUUUUUUGUUUUUUUGUUUUUUUUUUAUUAAAUCAACAUAAAAACACAAUAUACACUUACAAUUAGUGCACCAACCACAAAAACCUCCCCUUUUCAUGACAAAAACGUCCCUUUUUCAUGACAAAAAUUAUUUAUGUAUUUAUUUUUUAUUUUUUUAUUAAAUCAACAUAAAAACACAAUAUACACUUACAAUUAGUGCACCAACCACAAAAACCUCCCCUUUUCAUGACAAAGAAAAAAAAAAUGUUGUGUUUUGUUUUUUUCAUUAAAUCAACAUAAAAACACAAUAUACACUUACAAUUAGUGCACCAACCACAAAAACCUCCCUUUUUCAUGACAAAGAAAAAAAAAAUGUUGUGUUUUUUUUUUUUUAUUAAAUCAACAUAAAAAACACAAUAUACACUUACAAUUAGUGCACCAACCACAAAAUCCUCCCUUUUUCAUGACAAAAACAUCCCUUUUUCAUGACCAAUUUUUUUUUUUUUUUUUUUUUUUAUUAAAUCAACAUAAAAAACACAAUAUACACUUACAAUUAGUGCACCAACCACAAAAACCUCCCUUUUUCAUGACAAAAACGUCCCUUUUUCAUGACAAAAAUAUAUAUAUAUAUUUUUUUUUUAUUAAAUCAACAUAAAAAAUACAAUAUACACUUACAAUUAGUGCACCAACCACAAAAACCUCCCUUUUUCAUGAGAAAAACGUCACUUUUUCAUGACAAAGGAAAAAAUAACAUUUUUUUUUAUUUAUUUUUAUUUUUUUUUUAUUAAAUCAACAUAAAAAACACAAUAUACACUUACAAUUAGUACACCAACCGCAAAAACCUCCCUUUUUCAUGACAAAAACGUCCCUUUUUCAUGACAGAGAAAAAAAAAUAAAAAUGUUUUGUUUGUUUAUUAAAUCAACAUAAAGAACACAAUAUACACUUACUAUUAGUGCACCAACCACAAAAACCUCCCUUUUUCAUGACAAAGAAAUUUUUUUUUAUUUUUUUUUCAUUUUUUUAUUAAAUCAACAUAAAAAACACAAUAUACACUUACAAUUAGUGCACCAACCACAAAAACCUCCCCUUUUCAUGACAAAAACGUCCCUUUUUCAUGACAAAGAAAAAAAAAAUGUUGUGUUUUGUUUUUUUUAUUAAAUCAACAUAAAAAACACAAUAUACACUUACAAUUAGUGCACCAACCACAAAAACCUCCCCUUUUCAUGACAAAAACGUCCCUUUUUCAUGACAAAGAAAAAAAAAAUGUUGUGUUUUUUUUUUUUAUUAAAUCAACAUAAAAAACACAAUAUACACUUACAAUUAGUGCACCAACCACAAAAACCUCCCUUUUUCAUGACAAAAACAUCCCUUUUUCAUGACCAAAUUUUUUAAAUAUUUUUUUUAUUUUUUUAUUUUUUUUAUUAAAUCAACAUAAAAAACACAAUAUACACUUACAAUUAGUGCACCAACCACAAAAACCUCCCUUUUUCAUGACAAAGAAAAACAUUUUUUUUUUUUUUUCAUUUUUUAUUAAAUCAACAUAAAAAACACAAUAUACACUUACAAUUAGUGCACCAACCACAAAAACCUCCCUUUCUCAUGACAAAAACGUCCCUUUUUCAUGACAAAUUAUUAAGCGUUGACCGGUCCGCGGAUACAAAAAGGUUGGGGACCACUGUUAUAUGGCACCUGUUAAAGUAAUACCAAUGUUAUCAAAAAUAAUUAGACACUUAUUAUACUCUAAAAAUGUUGGUCUUACUUAAAACAUGCACACAUUUAAUUGUAAUCAGUGUUAAAAAAAUAGGAUAUGGCUCUCACGGAAAAUUAUUAUAAAAUAUUUGGCUUUCAUGGUUCUCUCAGCCAAAAAGGUUCCCGACCCCUGUGCUAACGGGAUCCAAAAUGAUAAUUAAUGCUCCACUUGUGAAAUGUAUGAAAUAUUCAGUUCAUUUAAAUCGCAAGAAUUAAAUCAAGUUUAUUCAUGAACACAUCGCCAAAUGAGCAUUGUUAUGGUUGUUUUUUUUUUUUUCAAUUGCUAUUGGAUGGUGUCCCUAAUGAAGUGUCCGGUGAGUGUAAGAGGGGAAAAUACUGCCAUUACAUUGGAUGUCAACAUUGUACCAAAUGACCAAUAUUGUAAAUAGUAAUAAUAUUAAUGAUAAGGAUCAAUACUUGCUGGUGUAAAAAGUGCAUUAGUCGUUCUCGGUGCCUCUGCAGAGGGGAUGGAAGUGUGAUCAAAGUGUUUUAUUAACAACUAAAGUGUGUUGACCGUGUAAAAAAAAAUGUGUGUUUAUGUAACCAUGCAUGGCAUGAUGGCUGGCUUGUUCUCUCCCAAAGCCUUAUUCAUUUUUUUAUUAUUUUUUCGUUUUUUAUGGUGCCAUUUAAAAAGUAAAUGCUAAUCAUAUGAAGAAGCACAAUUUUGAUUUUAGCAGAUUUUUAUUUUUUUUUACCCACAAUGCUCCAAGAAUGUCCAAAGUACGCCGGUUACAAUACAACUUUUUCUCUAUUAUGAUUUUUCUUUAUGAAAUAUACAAAUACAUCUUUAAAUAAUUACCUAAAUGUGUCAUUACAUAAUAAUUGGAAUUAAACGCAUAAAUGUGUUAUUAAAUGCAGUUUACUUUAAUUAGAAAAUAUUAUUUAAUUCAUUAUUGAUUUCAUGAUUUGAUUUAUAAUUUCACAAUUGAAAUCCUUAAGUCAGAAAAUAAUUAAAUCAGGAAAUAUUAAAAACCACGGAUAAUCAGGGAUCCACUGUACUUGACCUUCAAUGUUAUGUUUUUUAAAUUCAAAAAUAAAAUUUAAUGAUUUCAAUCAUUUUAAGUUUUUAAUUAAAUAAAUAAAUGUGUUAUUAAAUGCAGUUUAUUUUAUUUACAAAAUAUUAUUUAAUUCAUUAUUGAUUUCAUGAUUUAAUUUAUAAUUUCACAAUUUAAAUCCUUAAGUCAGAAAAUAAUUAAUUAAAUCAGGAAAUAUUGAAAACCACGGAUAAUCAGGGAUCUACUGUACUUGAUCUUCAAUGUUAUGUUUUUUAAAUUCAAAAAUAAAAUUUAAUUAUUUCAAUAAUUUUAAGUGUUUAAUUAAAUAAACACUUACAAUUAUUGAAAUCAUUAGAUUAUAUAUAUAUAUAUAUAUAACAUUUAUAUAUUAUUUAUUAUUUAUAUAAUUUUAAUUGUUUAAUUAAAUAAACCCUUAAAAUGAUUGAAAUCACUAAAUUUUAAUUUUUGAAUUUAAAAAACAUAACAUUGAAGAUCAAUUACAGUAGAUCCCUGAUUAUCCGUGGUUUCCCCGUUUUUUAAUGAUAAAUAUUUAGUUAAUUAAAUUGUGAUUUAAAUGUUCUUCUAUGUUAGUGAUGUCCUUUACAAAUGGAAAACAUGGCUUCUUGGAGCGAGCAGCUACACAACAGCUAAGCACACAAGCUAUGGAACAAUAUUGCAGUGUAAACCAGCACAUAGGUCAAUAUUGACAAGUAUCAAAAAAAAAAAUUUACACAUACAAAGUCUCCGAGGGAGUAGCGCAUUAGAAAGCAUCCAGUAACAAACGUGUCCGCAUUAUUCAACUGACGGCAUAAAAAAAUUAUUGUGAUGCCAAAAACCUAUUACAUUUCCUGAUUCAAUUCAUGAUUUCACCAUGUCUGAUGGCCGAGUUUGACAGACAUGUUUAUGGAAAAAAAAAAAAAGAUAAAUCAGAAAAAAACUCAUUAAA